AUGGAUCGCGUUUAUAUUGUUGCAAUUAUCGGUGGACUGUUUGGUGGUCUUGUCACUAGUCUUCGUCUUAUUGUUCCAGUUGUUGCAAAACUUUUCUACUGGAUUAUCCUUCAUCAACGUCAACGUCGAGCAAAUAUCCAUAAUCGACAGCCUGAUAGCCAUGAAGAAAUGUUUCACUUGAGUUUUUUGCCGACAACCUUCAAUACUGAUUGGUUGUUGGAAUAUGGUGACGAAUCGGAUGGUUAUCUCAUUCGAAGUGUACCUCGCGUAUUCACUAAUAGUACCUGCAAUUGUAUGAUUUCGGGAGCAUGUCAGGAACCACUACGAAUCGGUCCACCAGGUCUUUUUUUACCCGGUCUUGUAGUUGGAUGUUUACCCUAUGAUGGACUCCGCAUGUCCACACUUGAAUGUUUCUUCUCAUCAAGUUGCAUUUCUACCAUUCUUACUUAUCUUGAAUACUACACACAAAUGGAUGGAUCACCACCUAUUAAUUUCAUUCCACCCACAGUAUUACCCAUAAAUAUAUCCCCAUUAGACAACUCAACACCUUCACGUUUUCCAAAGAACACUUCAAUCGGUACACUUUUGGACGAAUACUUUCUCGAAGAAUGGAAAUAUAAUGUAUCAUACGAAGAUUAUUUUGCUGCAUGUGCACCAACUCAUUGCAAUUUUGAAUAUGUCACACGCAAUAAUCUCUUGUACGUGGCUACAUCAGUACUUGGCCUCUAUGGUGGUCUUACGAUUGGCUUACGAUUCAUUACCUGGAAUGCCAUGUGGCUUUAUCGAUGGAUGACAAAGCGUAUUCGUUCUCAUCGAGUUACUAUUCAAUCAUGA